GGGGCCCCACGAUGAUGAUGGAUAGUUUCGGCCGCUUCUGGUCACUUUCGGGGGCCGCUCUGCGCACGCGUUACGGCCUACGUUAUCUCUAUAAGAUGUCCCUGGCCGUUUCGCUGCGCCGAGCUCUCUUGGCGCUGCUCUCCGGCGCCAUCUUCAUCCUGACGGUGCUCUAUUGGAAUCAGGGAGCCACCAAGACCCAGGCCUACAGUGAGGCGCUGGAACGUCCGCACAGCCACCGCGAUGGCAGUGCCUUUCCCAUACCCGUCGAGAAGUCCUGGACGUACAAGUGCGAGAGUGACCGAUGCCUGCGGGUAAGCCAUCACGGCAAGUCCGGCAAGCGGGUCUCGUUCAUCAGCUGCUCGAUGACGUGCGGUGACAUCAACAUCUGGCCCCAUCCCACCCAUAAGUUCUUGCUCAGCUCGCACACGCACAGCUUCUCCGUGGAGGAUGUGCAGUUGCAGGUGGACACGUCGCACCGGGAGGUACGCAAACAGCUGCAGUUGGCCUUUGACUGGUUCCUGAAGGACUUGCGGCAAAUCCAGCGGUUGGACUACGCUGGCAGUGCUUCAGAGGCAGCGGUUAGUGAGUCUGCUUCCAAACUAAGGCGUCAUGUGGACUCUGAGAGCCCAGCAGCCACGUUGUUUGGCGCCACAUUCGGUGUGAAACAGGCUGGGGAUCUGGCCAGUGUGCAGGUCAAGAUCAGUGUGCACAAGUCGGGAGAUGUUAACUUUAGUUUGGACAACGAUGAAAGCUACCAGCUAUCUUCCAACACCGAUGGUCAUCGCCUGCUGGUGGAGAUCACAGCCAACUCUUACUUCGGAGCCCGUCAUGGCCUGUCCACGCUGCAGCAGCUGAUCUGGUUCGACGACGAGGAUCGCCUGCUGCACACCUACUCCAACAGCAAGGUAAAGGAUGCGCCCAAGUUCCGCUAUCGCGGCCUGAUGCUGGACACCUCGAGGCACUUCUUCUCGGUAGAGGCCAUCAAGCGAACGAUUGUGGCCAUGGGCCUGUCCAAGCUAAAUCGCUUCCACUGGCAUCUGACGGAUGCGCAAAGUUUCCCAUACAUCUCACGUCACUAUCCCGAGCUGGCUGAGCAUGGUGCCUAUUCCGAAAGUGAAACCUACACCGAGCAGGAUGUGCGCGAGGUGGCAGAAUUUGCAAAGAUCUAUGGCGUUCAGGUGAUCCCAGAAAUCGAUGCUCCGGCCCAUGCCGGCAAUGGCUGGGAUUGGGGACCGAAGCGCGGCAUGGGCGAGCUGGCCAUGUGCAUUAACCAGCAACCAUGGAGCUUUUACUGCGGCGAACCUCCGUGCGGUCAGCUUAAUCCAAAGAACAACCACACCUACCUCAUACUGCAGCGCCUCUACGAGGAACUGCUGCAGCAGACGGGGCCCACGGACCUCUUCCAUCUGGGCGGCGACGAGGUGAAUCUCGACUGCUGGGCGCAGUACUUCAAUGACACGGAUCUGCGCGGUCUGUGGUGCGAUUUCAUGCUUCAGGCGAUGGCCAGACUGAAGUUGGCCAACAAUGGGGUGGCGCCCAAGUAUGUGGCCGUUUGGUCCAGCGCCUUGACCAACACCAAGUGUCUUCCGCACAGUCAAUUCGCCGUGCAGGUGUGGGGCGGCAGCACCUGGCAGGAGAACUACGAUCUGCUGGACAACGGCUACAAUGUGAUCUUCUCGCAUGUGGAUGCCUGGUACUUGGACUGCGGCUUCGGCAGUUGGCGGGCCACCGGAGAUGCUGCCUGUGCUCCGUACCGGACCUGGCAGAAUGUCUACAAACAUAGGCCGUGGGAGCGAAUGCGUUUGGACAUGAAGCACAGGAAGCAGGUGCUGGGUGGCGAAGCGUGCAUGUGGACGGAGCAGGUGGACGAGAACCAGUUGGACAAUCGGCUGUGGCCACGCUCGGCUGCCUUGGCUGAGCGUCUGUGGACGGAUCCCAGCGAUGAUCAUGAUAUCGAUGUAGUGCCGUCGGAUGUGUUCCGCCGAAUCUCAUUGUUCCGCAAUCGCCUCGUCGAGCUGGGCAUACGGGCGGAGGCACUGUUCCCCAAAUAUUGCGCCCAGAAUCCCGGCGAAUGCAUUUGA